AUGGAUAAAGUAAAUAAGACAUCUGUGAAAGAGUUCAUUCUUCUGGGUCUUUCUGGUUACCCCAAAAUGGAGGUCAUUCUCUUUGCUGUAAUUCUAGUUAUGUAUCUAGUGAUUCUAAUGGGCAAUGGUGUUCUGAUCAUAGCAAGCAUCUUUGAUUCCCGUCUCCACACUCCCAUGUACUUCUUCCUGGGAAACCUGUCUUUCCUGGAUAUCUGCUAUACAUCCUCCUCUGUGCCCUCAACAUUGGUGAGUUUAAUUUCCAAGAAGAGGAGCAUUUCCUUCUCUGAGUGUACAGUGCAGAUGUUUGUUGGCUUUGCAAUGGGGUCAACAGAGUGUUUGCUUCUUGGCAUGAUGGCUUUUGAUCGCUAUGUGGCCAUCUGCAACCCUUUGAGAUACCCUGUCAUCAUGAGCAAGGUGGUAUAUGUACUGAUGGCUUCUGCUUCAUGGCUUUCUGGUGGAAUCAACUCAAUUGUGCAAACAUCUCUUGCCAUGCAGCUACCUUUCUGUGACAGUAAUGUUAUCAAUCAUUUCUUAUGUGAGAUACUAGCUGUCCUUAAACUGGCCUGUGCUGAUAUAUCCCUCAAUAUUGUUACUCUAACAGUGUCAAAUAUAGUAUUCCUGGCUCUUCCUCUGCUGAUCAUUUUCUUCUCCUAUAUGCUCAUCCUCUACACCAUCUUGAGAAUGAACUCAGCUACAGGGAGACGCAAGGCCUUUUCUACCUGCUCAGCGCACCUGACUGUAGUGGUCAUAUUUUAUGGUACCAUAUUCUUUAUGUAUGCCAAGCCUAAGUCUCAAGAACAGCCUGGCAAAGACAAUUUACAAGCAAGGGAGGGACUUAUUUCCAUGUUUUAUGGAGUGGUUACCCCCAUGUUAAAUCCUAUAAUUUAUAGCUUGAGAAAUAAGGAUGUAAAAGAUGCUGUGAAAUACUUGCUUGGUUGGAAAGCAGUUAACUAA